GGUAGGGAGGGGGAACUCCACAUUCACAUUGAUCCACACCACGCAUUCUUUCAACGUCGUCAGUGUCAGUGAGUCAGUCGUCUGUCAGACGAGACGCUUCUCUGAUCCGUGUUUGCGUUGGUGUUGCUUAGUCACACACUUCAGCAUAAUGUUUUGUCCACGAGUUCCCAAGAAGAAAGGUCCCGUGGAACCUGUCGAUAUGAACGGUGAGCUUGCUCAGCUGGUGAAGAAGAUGAUUUCUGAUGACAAAGUUGUCAUCUUCUCGAAGACCUACUGUCCAUACUGCACCAUGGCAAAGGAGGUGUUUAACAAAAUUAACUACAAGUACACAGCAGUUGAGUUGGACAACAGAGAUGAUGGAGACCAGAUUCAGGCAAUUCUAGCAGAAAUGACUGGGGCCAAGACUGUUCCCCGAGUCUUCUUGGAUGGUGAAUGUGUUGGAGGUGGCACAGAUGUCAAAGCACUGCAUGAGAGUGGCGAGCUAAGCAAGAAGUUGGGCCUUACAGCUUGAUUAGUAUUGCCGGCAAUUUCUUCAAAACAUUGUGAAAGCCUAAAAUACCAUUAACUCUGUCUUAUUCACAUUUCAACUGAUCUGGUCAGUAAUAUUAUUUCUGUACUUAUUUUAAAUCAUUGCAGAAUAUUGCAUUUCAAUGAAUUUUUGUGCAUUGAUGAAGUGCUGGAUGUAUGUACAGCUAAAGAUGUAAUAAUUUCAAUACAAUUUUUUUUAUUUGGA